UCACACUUCCUGUGUACGCAGUGCGCGGCAAACAGCGGUGCUCAGCACUUGUCAAAACAGUAAGGGCCUAACUGUGCUACCCAAUCUCCCUCCAGCCUCAUAGCGAGGUGUGUGUGGCUCAGGGAUCGGACUUUGGCACCUCCUCCAGGCUGGCAGAAGGCUGUGCUCUUCGGAUCCUCUAUCUCGGGCCUCUUGCCCAGCUGCGUAGCCUGCAAGAACCCACGCCCAGGGAGUGUCACUCCAGUCACACGGGGCCUAGACGCCUCUGGAGAACAGCCCUGUCCGCUCCAGGCCAGGCAUCGUGGGGACGUCGGAGCCUCUUCUCACCGCUCGAGGUGGCCAGGCAGACAGCAAGCACCUUUACUCUGUGUGAUGUGUCAGGGCUUUGUUCCAGACCAGCCUUGAACUUGUAGUCCCACCUCCGCCUCGGUGCCAGGAUGGCAGGCAUCAUCUGACCCAGGUGUCCCCAUGACUUCUCUCUCGGACCAUGUCCAUGAUCCUUUUUGCCAGCAUCGUACGGGUGAGGGAUGGACUGCCCCUCUCAGCCUCCACUGACUUUUACUACGCCCAGGAGUUUCUGGAAUGCAGGAGGCAGCUCAAGACCUUAGCCCAGAGGCUGGCCCGGCAUCCAGGCCGAGGCUGUGCGGAAAGUUGUGACUUCCUUAUCUAUUUUUCAUCAUCGGGGGACGUGGCCUGCAUGGCCAUCUGCUCGCGCCAGUGCCCGGCAGCCAUGGCCUUCUGCUUCUUGGAGGCUCUGUGGUGGGACUUCAUAGCUUCCUACGACACCACCUGCGUUGGCCUGGCCUCCCGGCCUUACGCCUUUCUUGAGUUUGACAGUGUCAUUCAGAAAACAAAGUGGCAUUUUAACCACAUGAGCUCCUCCCAGAUGAAGAGUGGCUUAGAAAAGAUCCAAGAGGAGCUCGAGUUCCAGCCUCCAGCAGUCCUGUCCCUAGAGGACACAGAUGUGGCAAAUGGCAUGCUGAACGGCCACACCCCAGUGCACUCUGAGCCUGCUCCGAACCUCCGGAUGAAGCCGGUGACAGCCCUGGGUGUCCUCUCCCUUGUUCUCAACAUCAUGUGCGCGGCCCUGAACCUCAUCCGUGGAGUUCACCUCGCAGAGCAUUCUUUACAGGUUGCCCAAGAGGAAGUUGGAAACAUCCUGGCUUUCUUUAUUCCUUCUGUGGCCUGCAUCGUCCAGUGUUAUCUGUACCUGUUCUACAGUCCAGCCCGGACGCUGAAGGUGCUGCUGAUGCUGGCCUCCAUCUGCCUGGGCAAUGCGUACCUGCACGGGCUGAGGAACACCUGGCAAAUCCUCUUCCACGUAGGAGUGGCUUUUCUGUCUUCAUAUCAGAUCCUGACCAGACAGCUGCAGGAGAGGCAAUCUGACUAUGGAGUGUGAUGAGGGCAUCCUGCAGUAGAUGGCGCCUUUGACUUUCCCCCCUCUGGAAGGCCAGUCUGUGUCCACUCCUGCUUCUCAGCUUCACCUCAACCCUCCAUCCUUGACGCUCCCAAGGUCACAGAUUCUGGCAGGUGCAUCGGAGGGCCCGGGCUGCUGGUUGCCAGUCCUGGUCUGUAUGGAACGUUUGUGCAGAGCUGCCAGCCGAGCUAGGACAGGGCGGCUGGAGCAGGAGCUUGCUCAGAGAGCAUCUGUGAUGGUCAGAGUGGCGGUAUCGUGUCCUCCUAAAUCUAAUGAUAACUGCAGACCACUAGAUUCCACAAUGGUAGACUUAGUAACUGGCAGGGUGUCUGUGAGGAAACUCUUCAAUGUUGGCGUCAGUUUGCGGGUUCAGUGUAAUUCAGUUUUCCUUACGGUGUCAGCACAGGGUAAAUUAAAGCUUGAGAGUACGGUUCACAAACACAAGCUAGGUAAAUUUUGUUUAUGUUUUUGAUAACUUGGGUUCGAUAAACUUUUGGAAUAUUUAAAUAUAUUUUGGAUAUAAAUUGAAGCUCAUUCAGAAUGAAGCAAACUUAGGCUGAGAAAAUGCUAAGGAAAUCCGAGUUUAUUUAAAUUACAGAGACCUUUUAUGGUGGUGGGGCUUUAUGGAUACCAGUGUGGUUUAUAUUUAUUUGCAGAGCCUAUCUGAAUUAUGUACGUAUGGAUUAAUAACCAGUAUCACUGGAUCAUAAGCACAUAGGCACAAGCAGAUGCGGGGGCUUCAGGGUCCUCUUAGAGGGGCCGAGUGGAGAGAGAAAGGCCAGGGUUUCAGAGAUCCUUAGCAGAAAUGGGGGAGGCUGCUGUUCUCUGCCUUUGUUGUGGCAGCUGGGUGCUCGCCACUGUAGCAUUGCUGGAGAUGUGGCCCUGUGCACCUCCUCCUAGAGAGACUUCCCAAGUUAAUUACUGCCCCAAACCUCUCUUGAGCACCUAAUUAGAGCACGGGGCCUCAUUUUAUGGACAGGUAUUAAGUAGGUGUUAACACUCAAAAGCUUUGUGUAACUGGCACUUCUCUGUAAAGCUGCUACGGCUUGCUUCUGGGUAAGAGCCCCCGUAUCUCCAGUGUGGGUAUCUGGUGGUACUCAAGAAACCAUGUUGGGGUUCACCCCUCUAGCUUGUUCUUGGAAUAUACCCAAAAUUUCAUGGGUUGACUCAUGAGGCUCCACAAGUGAUAAACCCUGUUUUGGUAGUUUUAAAAGGAGAAUCCUGUUAAAAUUGUUGGCUGUUACUGGUACCCUAUGUUAAUCAGCCACCAGGUGUCAUUUCAGGAACGAGGCUAUGUGACUCAAGAACUGGAUUGAAAAAGUAUCUCCAUUUUAAUUUUCUUUCCUUAUAAGAGAAUUUUCUAUUUUUAAUCAAAUCUUUAUUGUCUGGGUAUGAAUGUCGUAUUGGCAGCUUCCUCGGACGUGAACUUCAGCCUCACGUCAAUGUUGAUCUCACGUACGUUCGUGUCUACUGUACAGGCAAAUGCUCACUCUUCCUGACACAGAAUUUUGAAGUGGGAAAGAGGAAAGCAGAAGAGGAAGAAAAUUCUUUUAAUUCAAAGCACACAUUCAAAAAAAAAUUUUUUUUAAGUAAUUAAAAAAAAAAAGUCAGCCUAAAACUGUAUUGUUUUCCUCCUGAUCCUGUGUGGUUCUCUGUUGCUCUAGAUCUGGACACCGCACACACUCUAGGGUCUGAGCCUGUGGUUGUUACUGACACUUUACACUUCGUAAAUGCUAGUGGGAGUGUUACCUGUGCUUGGUGACACGGCUCGGGACUUAUCAUCCAGACAGGGUUCCAUACUGAUUCUUACAAGUGGAAGGAAAAGGCGUCCUGAAGGGAAACGAUGCACCGACUGACAGAGUCCAGCCUAGAGAAGCCUCACCUCCCUGGAGGAGGGCAGGGAAGACAGACGCCCCAGAGACAGACACCCUGGGGCUUCAGGUACGGUGGGUGGUUCAGGAUUAGGUAUUUGUAGCCCAGUGGGAUUCUUGAUGCCAGGACAAUCUGGUUCCAAGGCAGGCGUGUUUCUUUGCCUGUCGCUGGCUGCUCUUCCGGAGGAUGCUGCUUGCCCAGCAGCUCACAGGAACCGGUGCAGACAGCCUAAACGGAAGGUGCUUUCCUGUUCGGUGCCACCUGUCUGCUGUUAGCCGGUGAGCGGGCUUAGGCAGAAGGCUUUUGGGUUGGGUUGCUUUUUACUCAGCCAGCCUCACCUUGACCGGAACUCUACCUGGCACUCCCCUUUUGGAGUGGAGGCAGCUGGGCCAUCUGAGGUCGACUUCCCCCUCAGUCCCAGAUGCUGCACAGACCCCACCGGAGUAGUAGGGUUGUGGUUCUUGCUAUCCGUGAACCCUGUCGACGUGCGUGUGGGCCUCUUCCUUUCUUUUCUAGUCACCAUGUGCUCCACCUCCCCUACCUGUUUCCGCCCACCUCCUACAUUCCUGCCUCCAGAUGGAGAUGCAGGCUAGAGUCUGUGGAGAGACAGAAGCCUCCCAUCAGUGAUGGAGAGGGAGGCAGCUUUGGAAUCCCAUCCUCUGCCCCACCUUGGCUCAGUACUCAGGGGAAGCAGCGCUUUGGUCGUCAGCACUGCUUGGGGUCAAGGGCCAUAGCCAGCAGGCCGAAGCAGGUGGCUAUCUGGAGCAUAGGAGUUGGCCUGAGGUGGGGAAGAGAAGUGGCUGUCCGUCUGUAGGUGCCCUGGGUGUGUGGAGGGCUGCAUGCCUCACUCUCAUUCAGUCCUUUACUGUGCUGCUUCCCGAGGGAGCCGCCUGUAACAGCAACACUUCCAGCUCUCUACUGUGUGUUUGACAGGGAUGACAUGUGUCUGAGGCUGUACAUGGCCAGGGGUACUGUCAGCUGUGUCCAGCAAACACUUGGCUAAACUGUUGCUUGCAUCUGACUGUCUCUCCCAGGUCGGGGGGGCCACUCUGCCUGUGUGCCGUAAGAGCCCAGAAUGGUGGAGAAAGAGAAACCAGGGUGCCCUUGAGAGAUGAGGUGGGGGAAAGGAACACACAGGUCAGCCAACCCAGUGGACUGGAGGUCAGCUUGGUUCUUCCACUCAGGCCUGGGUUACAGUAGAAGUCCCUGCCUGCGCUCCUCAGUGCCCUUAGUGAGGAUUGUGGGUGGUCACAGAGGGGACUGUUGUACAUGUACAGGAAGAAAGGGUUACAAGGCCUCUGGGUGUGUGCAGCAGGCAGCAGGCUGCACUAGUGUUCGAGCAUCGACACAGUGGCAUUUCAUGUGGCUGCAGUACGUAAGGCCCCAUGCCUUCAUCCCAGAAAGGAAACGGCCCCUUUCAUUCCCGGGGCUGCCUCGUGGUUUCUGUGCAAGGAGCCCCUGAUACAGUCAGCACCAGCAGACCUGCUUCAGGAUCCAAGAAAGCUGGCUUUGUAGGCUGUCUUCAGUCUCAACAAGGAAAGGCCCUAUGCCCCACCACGCCUGGCUAACAGAAUGGGGCUAUCACUCCUCCUCCUCCUCCUCCUCCUCCUCCUCUUCCUCCUCCUCCUCCUCCUCUUCCUCCUCUUCUUCCUCUUCCUCCUCCUCUUCUUCCUCCUCCUCCUCCUCUUCUUCUUCUUCUUCCUCUUCUUCCUCCUCUUUUUCCUCCUUUUCCUCCUCCUCCUUUUCCUCCUUUUCCUCCUCCUCCUUUUCCCCUUUUCCUUUUCCUCCUUUUCCUCCUCCUCCUCUUCCCCCUUUUCCUCUUCUUCCUCUCUCUUCUUCCUCCUCCUCCUCCUCUUCCUCCUCCUCCUCCUCUUCCUCCUCCUCCUCUUCCUCCUCUUCUUCCUCUUCUUCUUCCUCCUCUUCUUCCUCCUCCUCUUCCUCCUCUUCCUCCUCCUCUUCCUCUUCCUCCUCCUCCUCUUCCUUUUGUUUUCUUUUGUUUUGUUUUUCAAUACAGGGUUUCUCCAGCCUUGGCUGUCCUGAAACUUGCUCUGUAGAUCAGGCUGGCCUUGAACUCACAGAGGUCCACCUGCCUCUGCCUCCCAAGUGCUGAGAUUAAAGUGGUGUGCCACCACCACCUGGCUGGCACUGUCACUCUUGCAUUGCUGGGGAGAUAGAUGGCAGCAGGACAGCUGUGGACAGGGGCUUGGUGUUCACAUCUGGGAAUAGUGGGCUAGGGAAAUGUCUGCACACCUGAGGGCAAGGGCAGGAGUGUGGCCCUCAGAUGCCUUUUAUCUUAAGGUAAAAUGAAACCCGUUCUUUCUUUAACCUUUGAGCUGUGUUUGCUGCGUCUAUGUGCCCUUGAUCCUUACAGAUCCUUUGAUUGAUUCAGGAAUGUUAUGAGUUCUUUGUAUAACUCAGCCUUGGGAUUUGAUUUGACUUAAUGGGCUUUUCUAGUAAGAACAUAAAAACUGAGACUAGUUUCAAAUCCAGUCACCCCCUGAGUCGCCCUCAGUAUGUGCUGCCCAUGUGACGAGCUACUUUUCCAUUGACAACAAAGAUCUAUUGUGAGUCCACGAUGGGCACAUUCUAACUUUCACAUGCUCAAACUGAAAUGUAUGUCAACGUGCGGAUUUCAUACAGCUCUUUAUAUACUGUGUAUAUUAAAACUAAAAUGACAUGAGGUGGCUUAAGUGUGUGGAGAAUAAAUCUAAAGUGUUUACUAA